AUGUACAAGAAAGAGUCUAGUUUCAUCACCGCCCUUCCUCAGUUCCCACCUGCCUUACCUGAGAUCCCAGAAACUGGUGUCGAUUCUCAGAGUGGAUCACUUUCCCGGACUUACCAGUAUGAUGUUUGCCUAACUGGUGGAUCCUUAAGCAGCGAUUUCAGAUUCCUUAGGCCUCUCAUUCCUGUUUUUUCUAUGGGGGAUCCAAACUUUUCUGAGAAUCACAGGAUUUCUUCUGGCUUUCAAGAGACUCCUGAGCAGGCAGAAGGCCAAGAACAAAGAGAACAGUGGUGUGUGUCUCUAUUCACUAUUGUGCUCCAGAACCCCUUAACAAUCUACAGCAUUGAGAUGCAGGUAGAAGAUAUAAAUGACAACUCUCCAGCAUUCUCCCAAACUGAACUUAACCUAUCUAUUCCUGAGAAUGCUCCCACAAACACUCGAUUCCCCCUGGAAUCUGCCCAAGAUACUGAUUUGGGCAAAAACACCAUCCAGAACUACACCCUCAGUCCCAAUGAAAAUUUUCACUUGGAAAUUCAAAGUGGCAGGAGUGGAAGGAAACAUUUGGAACUUGUUCUGGAGAAACCACUAGACAGGGAGAAAGCGGCUCAGUUGGGGCUGACACUCACAGCUGUUGAUGGAGGGGUGCCCCAGAGAACAGGCACAGUUCAAAUCAAUAUUAAUGUUCUGGACACCAAUGACAACUUCCCUGAGUUUGCACAAUCUGAAUACAUAGUGAGUUUGAAGGAAAACAGCCCUCGAGAUACUCUGGUCUUGAAAGUGGAAGCCAGAGAUUUGGAUUUGGGUUCAAAUGCAGAGAUCACAUAUUCAUUCCAUCAGGCGCCUGAGAAAAUAAGCCAAUUGUUCCAGUUGCAUCAAACUACAGGGGAAAUCACUGUUUUGGGUCCAAUUGACUAUGAAAAAGAAACCAGGUAUUAUAUGAACAUCAAAGCAACAGAUGGAGGGGGCUUCUCAGGCCACUGCAAGGUCCUGGUGGAAAUUGAGGAUGAGAAUGACAAUGCCCCAGAAAUAUCAGUCAUAACCAUCACCAGCCCUUUGGCAGAAGAUUCUCCCCUAGAUACAUUGGUUGUGCUUUUCAGUGUCACAGACCGAGACUCUAGAGACAACGGGAGGACCUCAUGCUCUGUAGGGAUACAGUCCCCUUUUCUUUUAAAAACAACACUGAACAAUUAUUAUCAACUUGUGACCCAAAGUCCACUAGACAGAGAGAAAGUCUCUGAGUAUAACGUCACCAUCACAGCUACUGAUAAGGGCUCUCCCAAGCUCACUACAGAAAGAACCAUUACAGUUUUAAUUUCAGACAUCAAUGACAACUCUCCAGUGUUUGAGAAGUCCAAGUAUGAAAUGCAAGUGUGGGAAAACAACAUUCCCGGCCUGCUGAUGGGUUCGGUCCGUGCUGUCGAUCUGGACGUGGAGCAGAAUGCCAAGGUGACCUAUUCUCUUGUGCCAGAAAAUGCCAGUGGUGCUUCUGCAGCCUCUUAUGUUUCCAUCAACUCUGAGACGGGGAAUCUGUACGUCCUGCGAUCUCUGGAUUAUGAGCAGAUCAAGGAGUUCCAAGUGAGAGUGAGGGCUUCAGAUGGGGGUUCUCCUCCACUGAGCUCAGAGGUUGUUGUUCGAGUUGUGAUCCUGGAUGAAAACGACAAUGCCCCCUUCUUCCUCUACCCACUUCAGAACAGCACCUCCCCCUUCAACGAGCUGGUUCCCAAGUCAGUGGAGGCCGGUUACCUGGUCGCCAAGGUGGUGGCUGUAGAUGGGGAUUCGGGCCAGAACUCUUGGCUUUCCUAUGAACUGCUGAAGGCCACAGACCCCGGCCUUUUCAGCAUAGGAGCCCAGAACGGAGAAGUCAAAACCAGGAGGCCACUGACAGAGCGAGACACAAACAAGCAGAGACUGAUUAUCCUGGUGAGAGACAAUGGCCACCCUCCCCAGACCAGCACUGCAACCCUGAAUAUCCUUCCGGUGGAUGGCUUUUCAGAUCCUUAUCUGAAUGUUGCAAGCGUCAGUCAUGAAGCUGGUGAGGAAGACGGCUCCUUGACCAUGUACCUGGUGAUCUGCUUGGCUGCGGUGUCCUUUGUGUUCCUGAUUUGCAUCAUUGUGUUUGUUGCCAUCAAAGUUCACAAGAAAGAGUCUAGUUUUAUCACCGCCCUUCCUCAGUUCCCACCUGCCUUACCUGAGAUCCCUGAAACUGGUGUCGAUUCUCAGAGUGGAUCACUUUCCCGGACCUACCAUUAUGAUGUUUGCCUUACUGGUGGAUCCUUAAGCAGCGAUUUCAGAUACCUUAGGCCUCUCAUUCCUGUUUUUUCUGUGGGGGACCCAAAUGUCUCUGAGAAUCACAGGAUUUCGUCUAUCUCUCAAGAGACUUCUGAGCAGGUGGAGGGCCAAAAAGAAAGAGAACAGAAAGAGCUAAAAGUUACUUUAAUGCUAUGUGAUGAAGAAAAAGCUUUUGACUGCAUUGAAUGGAGUUUGUUCAAAAAUCUUGCCGAAGCGUAUGCCCUUCUGAAACUAUUUACUUCCAAUGAAGUCAGGUCUGUUCAUAGGUCUGGUCCAAGCCAGACAUGGAACAAAAAGCUGGUGACCUAUUCUCGUUUGCCUGGAAAGAUCAGCGAUCAACCUGUGUCCUCUUAUGUCUCCAUCAACUCUGAAACUGGGAAUCUGUGUGCCAUCUGA